UUUAGUGCCGUGAUUCGAUUGGCAUCACUGCAAGGGCAAUCGGCCAGUUGUUACGCAAGUCGAAGCGAAUUUUCACGAAAAAUCUGCAAUUUUCAAUAAUGUGGUUCGAAAAAUUCAUCCCAAAACUCCCGAAAGUCAAGGCUCAAGACGAGGAAGAUGAGGAAUUAGUCGAUCCGCAGCAGGUUCUACGGGAUAAAUGCAACGAGACGGAACAUUGCCAAAAACUGCACGAAAAAUACCAAGCUUGCAACGACAGGGUCAAUUCACGCUCCAAAACCACCGAAAACUGCUCCGAGGAGUUGUUCGACUGGCUCCACGCUGUCGACCACUGCGUCACCAAAGAUUUGUUCAGCAAAUUGAAGUGAAAAGGCCCGAAUUGUAGAAAGUUUGUUAUUUAAUGUUACCUUAAUAAAUUCUAGUGGGAUUA